AUCUCAAACACUCUAUCUACUUAACAAGAUGCUUUUAUCUGCUCUAACCGCGAUUUUCCUCGCUUUCUUAAGCCAAUUAUGCUAUGCUCAAGUUUGGAUUAAAGAGGAGUCUUGGCGCUGCGUUAAUAGCGAUCAAGACACUAUAAAGGCCUGCGAGGACGUAGUUGGCGAAGGAUACAUAGGCCUUGGACUUGAUACUGAUGGUUCUGACAACAUGAAGGUAUUCUGUUGUUUACCUGACAAUGUGAAGGAUCCUCUUAAAUUCUGGGACAGGUGCCACCAUUAUUAUCAUCCUGGAGGGAAAACUGAGACAGUCAGGUCAGGACCAAACAUGUGUCGAGGGCGCACGGUCGGGGGCGAGAAGUAAUAGGGCUAUAGUGAGGGUGGACACGAAAUACGCACAAACACAAAGCUCACCCUGCCUCACCAAAUAAACCCACCACAACAAUGAGGCAUCGUAGUGGAAUCUGCUUGUUUUUACGCCAGGCAGUGAUCGCGGAAUAGAUAAGAUGGUUAAUCUAGAGGUUUUUAUA